AUGGCGAUCAAAAGCUCCACAUUCCCCUAUCGCCGGGGAUCCAAUGCCUCGGAGAAAGACUUCUUCGAUAUCCCCGAUGAAUCAUGUCUAUCCGUCGUGAAACGCGAGCUGCGUCGAGUCCGCACCUGGGUCGUCCUCCUGGUAUUCUUCGUGUUGAUCAAAUGGAUGCGCCGCCCUGGACCGCCGCCGCCACCACUCCCGCAUAUCCAUUACGAUGAGGUGGACUGGUCGCGCUACGCUUAUACACAAUAUGCGACUAGUGAGACGUAUCUGUGCAAUUGUGUGAUGGUGUUUGAGGCUUUGCAUCGGCUUGGUUCGCGCGCGGAUCGAUUACUGUUUUACCCGAAGGAAUGGGAUUUGGUUGUUGAAAGUGAUUCGGACCGCAUCAGUCAGUUGCUGGUGCUGGCAAAGGAUGAGUAUAAUGUGCAAAUGGUGCCGGUCGCCAUUGAAGGUAUCAUGGCAGAGACAGGAGGUGAAGGAGAGUUCUCCGAGUCAUCUUGGGAUACCAGCACUGCCAAACUCUACGCUUUCGGCGUGAUCCAAUACGAUCGAGUCAUCCAUCUCGACUCCGACAUGAUGCUCUUCCAACCCAUGGACGAACUAUUCUUCCUCCCCACCACCACCAUCGCCAUGCCUCGGGCAUACUGGCUCUUACCCGAGACCCGGACCCUCUCAUCACUCAUAGCCGUUAUCGAACCAUCAUACCGUGAAUACACCCUGCUAAAAGAAGCAAUCAAACCCGCUAUCUUUGGUCAACUCGACCUCAAUCUCACAAACAGCCGGUACGACAUGGAGAUUCUCAACACGAAUUACGGGGACAGCGCACUCGUUCUCCCGCACCGCCAAUAUGGUCUGAUCUCGGGAGAGUUCCGUACAAAGGACCACCGCGCAUACUUGGGGAAUGACCAUGAGCAGUGGAAUCCUGAAAAGGUCGUUGCGCAGGCGAAAUUCGUUCACUUUUCGGAUUGGCCAUUGCCCAAGCCUUGGGUGAUGUGGACUCAAGAACAGCUGGCCUCGCUGCAGCCUGCAUGUGAUAAUAAUCCCGGGACGCCGGAGGAGAGUGGUUGCCGUGAUCGGGAGAUUUGGAGACAGCUUUAUGAUGAGUUCCGGCGCAAGCGCAAGGAUAUCUGUAAGCUGUUGAGUUUCCCGGCUCCAAUCUGA